AAUGUUGUUCCAGAUUUGUGGAUGCUAUUUUUCUACCAGCUGUCAUCGCAACACCAAAUUUUACACUGAUCCUGUUGAAGCUGUAAAAGAUAUACCCAAUGGGGCAACCAUACUUGUUGGUGGUUUCGGAUUGUGUGGGAUUCCUGAAAACCUCAUUGGAGGUUUACUGAAGACUGGAGUAAAGGGAAUAACAGCAGUCAGUAAUAAUGCAGGUGUUGACAAUUUUGGACUUGGUCUUCUGCUUCAGACUAAGCAAAUAAAACGCAUGGUGUCCUCGUAUGUUGGAGAGAAUGCUGAAUUUGAACGCCAGUAUUUAACUGGUGAGCUUGAAGUUGAGCUUACACCUCAGGGUACGCUCGCUGAACGUAUUAGAGCAGGAGGAGCAGGAAUCCCAGCAUUUUACACCAGUACCGGUUAUGGGACACUGGUGCAGGAAGGGGGUGCACCUAUCAAAUACAACAAGGAUGGCACCAUUGCCAUUGCUAGCCAGCCAAGAGAGGUGCGAGAGUUUGAUGGCCGGCACUUUAUUCUGGAGAAGUCAAUUACAGGAGAUUUUGCUCUUGUGAAGGCAUGGAAGGCUGAUCGUGCAGGAAACAUAAUUUUCAGGAAAACUGCAAGAAACUUCAACCAACCUAUGUGCAAAGCUGCAAAGACAACUGUGGUAGAGGUGGAAGAAAUUGUUGAUAUAGGAGCAUUUGCCCCAGAAGACAUUCAUGUUCCCAAAAUCUAUGUUGAUCGUCUGAUACAAGGAGAGAAGUUUGAGAAGAGAAUUGAACGCUUAUCAAUCCGAAAGCCUGAAGACUCAAAAGCCAAACAAAAACAAGGAGACAAUGUGAGGGAGAGGAUCAUCAGACGGGCUGCUUUGGAGUUUGAGGAUGGCAUGUAUGCUAAUCUGGGUAUUGGAAUCCCACUGUUGGCCAGUAACUUCAUCAGUCCAGACAUAACUGUUCACUUACAGAGUGAAAACGGAGUCCUGGGUUUGGGUCCUUACCCACUUGAAAAUGAAGUAGAUCCAGAUCUGAUUAAUGCAGGUAAGGAGACAGUCACCGUUCUUCCAGGUUCUUCCUAUUUCUCUAGCGAUGAAUCAUUUGCAAUGAUAAGAGGAGGCCAUGUUGAUCUGACAAUGCUUGGAGCUAUGCAGGUGUCCAAGUACGGUGACCUGGCCAACUGGAUGAUUCCUGGCAAGAUGGUGAAAGGAAUGGGGGGUGCCAUGGACCUGGUAUCCAGCGCGCAGACCAAAGUGGUUGUCACCAUGGAGCACUCAGCCAAGGGCAACGUCCAUAAAAUCUUGGAAAAGUGCAAUCUACCACUUACUGGGAAACAAUGUGUAAACCGCAUCAUUACAGAGAAGGCUGUUUUUGAUGUGGACAAGAAGAAGGGAUUGACCCUUGUGGAAAUCUGGGAAGGACUGACAGUGGAUGAUAUCAAGAAAAGCACUGGCUGUGACUUCACGGUUUCGCCAAAACUAAUACCAAUGAGGCAGAUUUAAACGUGAAAUACAGACUGGGCUUAACUUGCCAGAAGGCUUGUUUCCAAAUGGGAGCUCGGCGAAGAGAAAUCCAUGACUGUUUUGCAAUUUUAUGUCCUUUUUUUUUUUUUUUUUUAUUAUGGGCUUUGUAAGUAGUUUCCAGGCAGUUAAACUCAGACUGUGACUAUCAGCCUAAAUUGUAUUUUACUUUCAUAACAUUACCAAUUUUAAUGGAAGGGUGAAUUUAUUCCCUGAAUUUUGAAUAAUGUUGUACUAAAAUGUUAAUAAACAUGGUCAAAAAAUGCCUUGUAGUUUCUGCCAAAAUGACCAUGCAAAACUUGUGAUUGCCUCUGCUUUUCCUGAUGUCAUUAAACUUACAAGUCACUUUAUUGCUCUGAAACUACAGCACCUACCAUGUCCAUUCUGCUGUAAAGGUGUGGGGUUUUUUUCUGGAGUGGUCUAUAGCAAACAUAGACGGCUGUGAAGAGACAUCAGAAAUAUGGUCUUCCCUUUUCCUGAACCUUUUAAUGAGUCUGUGACAAAACUGUUUAUACUGGUAGAAAAAACUGAUGUUUUAGCCCUGAAGGUAUCUUCUAUUUCCACGGUGUGUGUCUGUUGGCAUUAAGAAGCCUACACGUCCCAAAGUCCAACUCUGACCCCUUCUAUUUAAAUCAUACAAACUAGAAUGAAGCUAAUAUGAAGGAGGAAUAUUAAAAAGUCUCCUUCCCCAUGCGGGCAACUGGUAGCUGCACAAUGGUCCCGUGUGAACCACUCUUACUGCCCCGAUAUAAUUCUUCCCCCCAGCCCUCAUUCAAAGGUAAAUGCAGAUUGUUUCUUGAGUGAGGUCUGUUCUUCCAGUGUGAUGUAGAGAAAUGGGGGAAGAGAAUGUUGUGGGCACUUGGGAGGCAGUAUGUUUCGUUAAGGGUAAAAGCAGUAACUUUAGACCACUUGCUGAUCAAGGCAUUGGCAAAAACUAAAGAGCUUGGAACCCAAACUAAAGAGUUGGACUCACGAUAGCUAGAAUGAAGAUGUAAGACAAUCAAAAUGAAAAGUCAUUCUUUCAUGCUGGUUCUGCUAUUUGAUAAAGAUCUUCCUUUCCCUGUUAUUAAUUACAAAAUGACUGCUAUUUUUGCAAAUAGAUAAUAUGACAGCAUUGGAUCUCACAUCCUAUAUCAGCACAGUGUGUCUUUGUUAUACACAACAAAAAUUGACUGGAAAUCUGCAUUUACUAAAAUGCAGUGUUCUCUCCAAAUAUAAUGGUUUCUGUCAUUCAUAUAAAUAGGAACACGUAAAAGUCUUCAGUUAAAAUAAUUCCUGACAUAAUGUUUGACAUCAGGACUAGAGGAGACCAAGUGACUGAAAAACACGUAAAACGUGGAUGCACAAAUAAAGAUAUAUAAUAUAUAUAUAUAUGCGCCUGUCUUGCAUGUGAUAAGCAGUGUGGGGAUAUGGUAUAGAAGGUAUAUCUAGUACUUGAUAGAUGAGGUAUUCACCAUAGUCGGUAUGUGUUGCAGAAGAAAUGUAACACAUUUCUAGGGAACCAGAGAGGAAAAUCCUGCAGUAUUGAGCUUCUGUACUUGCCUUUGUACUGCAUUUUUCUGUCUCUUUUAUGGGUCAGUCAUACAAUUUGUCUUGAUCCGCACAUGGGUUUUAUAGCAGUAAAACUGUUUUGCUUAGAGAGAUUAUUUUGUUUAGCUACACUGACUCUAAACAAUUCUUUGAUAGUCUCUUGUCAAUACCAGAAUGGGUUAUCCUGCUUCCCACAUGGGAAUAAACAAAAUGCCUUUGUAAGCACCUUUAUGCUGGUACAGAAGUACUGCCGUAAUACUAGGUUGCGUGACAUGAGCUCACACGUGCUGAUGGGCAGUGGGCAGCUGUAUAGUCUGAACAUAUAGGCAAGACCUGAUGCUGAACCCAUGGGAAAGGAAAGCGUUGUACAAAGACUAGCUCUAAUUUAAUGAUUAAACAUAUACAAGUGAUUUGGUUGAUAUCUAAUUUGGAUGCAAGACUUGAAACUACAUUGAUCAAAGUGUUCCAGAAUACCUUAACCCAGGAUUAGCACAAGUGAGUUUUUACCUAGCUUUAGUUUUCACCCGUUUUCUUUAUUUAGGUGUAUUCCCUAUGCUAUUCUCUCAUUCCAGACAAGUUACUUUCUUAAACUUUGGCCAUUUCUAUUGCUGUGGAGGUGGACUGAAGUUCUGCUCACAGAUGUUUUGCAGGUUUAAAGUCUCUAUACAACAAAAGUUGACUUUAUUUUAGCUCAUUGUGAAACAGUUUUGCUUUUGGACAGAGCAGCCCAGAGGCCUCUUCCCCAGCCCAUAAAGACACUUCAGUGACCAUUCUGAGCCGUGUGGUGCUGUACACAGCAAAAGGGGCCUACCUAUGCCUUCAGGGACAAGGAUGGGUGAAGAGCUACCCUGCGGGGAUGGCUGCGAUCCCUAAGGGCGUCUUGUUAUCGUCACUCAAAGCUCUCGUACAGAGUACCCAGAAUGCAUUCUGGUUUUAGAGGGAGGAGCAUAAGAACUAUUAUACAGGGGAAGGGAGUUACUACCAACUUAUCCAGAGAAUAAAUACAUGAUUAAAUAGCUGGAGAAGUCUUAAAGAAAUCUAUGAAUGAAAUGUUGAUCUAUUGCAAUUACCGAUGUUACAUUAGUUGUAGGACUGAUGAGCUAAUUACAGUGAACAUUUAUUGACAUAUGUAAAGUACCAUAGAAGUGUCUGAGGGCAGCACCACGUGUUGCUGCUCCUGCCAUAGAACUACACUUUGCUGGCACACGCACAGAAGCCAUCGUUGUCACUAACGUAUGGCUACAAAAAGACUUAUGACCUGGUAAUGUCUGGGAGUUCAGCACUUUGGUUUCUGAAGCAAAGAAUUAGGAGCCAAAAGCUCCUGAGUUUCAACUUUUCUAGUUCUCCACUUACUGCCUUUGGAAAUGCCACCUGUGCUCUCUGCCUUGUCCUGUUGCUGAAAAGGGGAUGUUCUUCCUACCUCACAGGGAUGUUGUGGGGAAUAACCAGCUAAGGUCUGUACAACAGGUCAUUUUUUCUCUUCAGCUUGGGGAUCACACUCGAUCAAGAGUAUGGAAUAGUACUUGAAGAUUGUUAUGCAUGCUGGAUAUCUGAGUUCUGUGUCUUCUUUUAUUCGUGUCUGUUAAUGCAAGAGAGCAAAAGUCAAUAUGAUGCUGAAAACCGGGGAAGAAAAGGAGAACAGGCUUUCUCCGUAUCCAACAGUGGUGCAAAUAUUUAUGUCACACUUGAUUUUUUUUUUAUCUUGAGGACAAUAUAUUGUGGUAAAAUAUUGGUAUUGUUAUGAAAACAUCAUUUAUCCGCACAAGUUAAUUGCAACAAGCUGUGAUUCCAUUUUUUGAUUUGUAAAGUAGGAUUAGGAAUUAAAGCACUCCUAAGUGUUUCCUUCUCUGUGGACGCCAAGCAUGGUUCAUCGGUGAGGUAUACUCUGCGCAGUAGGUGCAAUGAUUGGUGUUGCAGGGGUGGAAGCUUCUUGUUCCUCUUUAGUGGUUGAUGAUGUGCAUGAAAUUUUAUUGGGGCACCACUGAGAUCAUCCCCUGCUUGACAGCACUUCACAAGACAGGGACAGUUGGUAAUCUUUGUCCUGAAGAAGCAGAUUCUACUAUAUUAUCACAUUGGACUUAUUUCACUUUAUAUUUUAUUGACUUUUGUCCCUGAAAAAGCAGAAAGAAAUAUAGAAAUGUAGUUGUACUGUAAGCUCUGCAAACGACAUGUCAAAGUCCUUCUAUGUAUUUGCAAAACAAUCAAUAAAAUAAAGAUUAAAAAUCUCAA